CCGCGCGCCCCGGCCGGCCGGCCCGGGAGGGCGGCGGCGCCUUUGUUGAGGCCGGGCCGCCGCGGCCUUUGUCUGCAGAUGGUGGACGCCGGCGGCCGCGCCGCCGCGGACGGCUGGAGGAGGAUGGAAGCCCCGCCGGACGGCACCGACCUGGUGCCGCUGGACCGCUACGACGCGGCGCGGGCCAAGAUCGCCGCCAACCUGCAGUGGAUCUGCGCGAAGGCCUACGGCCUAGACAACAUCCCUGAGGAUCUCAGAGACCCUUUUUACAUCGACCAGUAUGAGCAGGAGCACAUUAAGCCGCCUGUUAUCAAGCUUCUCCUGUCCAGCGAGCUGUACUGCCGGGUAUGCAGUCUCAUCCUGAAAGGGGACCAGGCAGCCACCUUACAAGGACACCAGUCCGUCAUCCAGGCCCUGUCCCGAAAGGGCCUAUAUGUGAUAGAGAGCGACGACACCCCUGUGACAGAUGAGGACCUGGGCCACGCGCCAAUAAAGAUGAGUGCCCACAUGGCGAUGGUGGAUGCCCUGAUGAUGGCCUACACAGUGGAGAUGAUCAGCAUUGAGAAGGUGGUGGCCAGUGUUAAACGCUUCUCUACAUUCAGCGCCUCGAAGGAACUUCCGUACGACCUUGAGGAUGCCAUGGUGUUCUGGAUCAACAAGGUAAACCUUAAAAUGAGAGAGAUAACAGAGAAAGAAGUUAAAUUGAAACAGCAGUUACUGGAAAGUCCAGCUCAUCAAAAGCCUGGCCUGGCGCAUGCUGUGGUGCACUGCAUGCUGGAACCCGUGGACUUUGCACGUGUGGUCCGCUAUCGGCGAGAGCACCCUUCUGCUAGGCAGUCACCCUACUUCCCGUUGUUGGAGGACUUGAUGAGAGACGGCAGUGAUGGCGCUGCUCUCUUAGCGGUGGUUCACUAUUACUGCCCAGAGCAGAUGAAACUGGAUGAUAUCUGCCUAAAGGAGGUGCCCUCUAUGGCCGACAGCCUGUAUAACAUCCGGCUCCUGCGCGAAUUUUCCAGUGAGCAUCUGAACAAGUGCUUCUAUCUCACCCUGGAGGACAUGCUGUACGCGCCUCCCGUGCUGAAGCCAAAUGUCAUGGUUUUUAUUGCCGAGCUCUUCUGGUGGUUCGAGAAUGUCAAGCCGGAUUUUGUUCAGCCCAGGGAUGUCCAGGAGCUGAAGGAUGCUAAAACAGUGUUACAGCAGAAGUGCACCCGGCCUCCUGUCCCUAUCUCCAACGCGACCAAACGCAGCUUUCUGGGCAGCCCCGCCGUCAUGAGCCCCGCUGACCUGCCGGCACCCAGCCAGCCUGUGGUGGAAGGUGGGCACCGGUACCUCCUCCACCCUGAAGAGCCCGAGUACCUUGGGAAAGGAACUUCCGCCUUUAGCUCUUCCCACCCUCUAUUGCCACUGAGGCAGAAGCAGCAAAAAGCGGCACAGGCAGAGGACACCCCGGAUCAGCGGCAUCGGUCUAACUCUUUAACCCGAGUCGAUGGUCAGCCUCGAGGCACAGCGAUAGCAUGGCCAGACAAGAAAAACAGGCCUGUGUCCCAGCCAACACCUUUUGCUCUCCACCAUGCUACAAGCUGUGACGUGGACCCCAGCUCCGGUGACAGCAUCAGCUUGGCCCGUUCCAUCAGCAAAGACAGCCUGGCAUCCAACAUCAUCCACCUGACCCCACACAACCAGCCUGACCCUGCUGCUGGCAAGAGCGAUGGAAGGAGUCUCCUGAGCAAUGUCAACAUGGACGAUGAGGAGGAGGAGCUGGUGGCCAUCAUCAGGACGGAUGUGUCUCCCCAAGGUGGUGACCCGGAGGCCCCGCGGGCCUCGCCUCGGGCGCUAGGCCUGAUGGCCACUGCCAGGUCUCCCCCGAGGCCGGCAGACACCUUGGAGAGUAAGUCCGAUAGUUUCUUCCUAGAGCCUCUGAUGCCAGCAGUGCUGAGGCCAGCGAAAGAGAAGCAGGUGACUACGAAAGAGGACGAACGUGGGGAAGGGAGGCCCCGGGGGGCCCCAGCCAAGAGGGCUGUCGAGGGCACCCAGCCUCUGGUGCGGAAGAAAGCGGCCAGCAGCCACGGCGGUCGUGACUUGAACAGGACUUUCACCCCGAUUCCUUGUUCAGAACUUACUGCGAGCGUCGACCCCACUGAGGAGGGAUCACGGUUAUCAGAAGCCACAGGAGAAGUGCAUGGGGGGCCUGUGACUGCUGGUGGAUUCGAUCCUUUCCCUCAGAGGCAGGCUGAUGGCUUCUUCCUUCAUGUAGGCAGGACUGACGAGGACACAGAGGGGAGGUUAUACGUGAGCUCCCAGAGCCCCAGCUCCCACGACUCAGAGCCGUGGACGAUCUUGAGGCAGGACUCGGACUCUGAUGUGGUGGAUGUGGAUGAUGCUGAGCAGGAGUUCCUGGGGGAGGACCGCGCUGUUCUGCUUCCCAGAUACACUGGUGAGGAAGAAUCGGCCAAGCUGCAAGAGGAUAUGAAGGUAAAGGAACACGAAGAUAAGGACGACGCCAGCGGCCGCUCGAGCCCGUGUCUGAGCACGACCUCUCAGCUCAGCAGCAUGUCUGUGGCAAGCGGCAGCGUGAAGAUGACCAGCUUCGCGGAGCGCAAGCUCCAGCGCCUCAACAGCAGCGAGACCAAGUCCAGCACCAGCAGCUCCCAGAAGACCACGCCGGACGCGUCGGAGAGCUGCCCGGCGCCUCUGACGACCUGGAGGCAGAAGAGGGAGCAGAGCCCCACUCGGCACAACAAGGACCCUGCCAGCCUGCUGGCAUCCGAGCUGGUCCAGCUGCACAUGCAGCUGGAGGAGAAGCGCAGAGCCAUCGAAACCCAGAAGAAGAAGAUGGAGGCGCUGUCGGCACGACAGCGCCUGAAGCUGGGCAAGGCUGCCUUUCUGCACGUGGUGAAGAAGGGCAAGGCCGACGGCACCCCGCAGCCCCUGCGGCCCGAGCACUUCACCAAGGAGUACACGCAGCACAAUGGCGAGGACGUGGGUGACACGGUGGCUAACGCGGAAGGCUUUCUCAAGGAAGAGCAGAGAGAUGCCAGUGAGGGCCCAGAUGUGGACAGAGAAAGCUUGACCUUGGCCCAGCUUCAUAAGCCCAAAGACCCCUCGGCUCUGCCUGAUGUAGAGAUGCACAGGGCGCUCUCUGCUGCUCUCCUCGAGGACAGUGUGGAGGAGGAGAUGGUGGUGGACGUGAGCGAGGGUGACCUGUCCAUCGAGAAGCUGAGCGAGACCAUCAGCACGCUGCAGCAGGCCAUACUGAAGAUCUCCCAGCAGCAGCAGCAGCUCCUCCUGAAGUCCCCGGCGGUGCCCAUGCCAGGCUCCAAAAAUCACUCCCAGGACCAAAAAGUAAAGGCCCCUGUCCACUUCGUUGAGCCCCUGUCCCCCACCGGAGUGACUGGCCACCGCAAACCACCCCGGCUCGGCCAGGGCCGGAACUCACGUUCGGGAAGGCCAGCUGAGCUGAAGGUUCCAAAAGACAGGCAGCCGGGCUCCUCCCGGAGCAAAACCCCAACACCCAGUGUGGAGACGCUCCCACACCUGCGAUCUUUUCCUCCAAGCAACCACCCACGGACGCCCUCUGACCCAGGUGUGGACAGUGUCACAGACUCUGGUGGGAACCCCUCUGAGAAGCAUCUCUUUGACAGUUACAGGCUCCACGAUGAAAGCAACCAGCGGGCAUUGGUUCUGCCCUCCUCGAGAGAUGCUAAUGUGCUCUCGGAGCAGGGGACCUGCCAGGAGAGCUUGGACCCAAGCGUGAAAGAGGCGGGGCUCAGUGUCUCGGCCAUCUCGGGCAAAGAGAAUGUCCUUGUGGAAGAGCCCCUGAAGAGCAAGGCCAGCCUCAUCGAAGUGGACCUUUCGGACCUGAAGGCCCCCGAUGAGGAUGGUGAGCUGACGGGCCACGAGAGCUCUGUGGUGCUCAUCGGCGACGGCGACCAGAAGCCUGUGGUUGGCUUCUUCUUCAAGGACGAGCAGAAAGCAGAGGAUGAGCUGGCCAAGAAGCGGGCGGCCUUCCUCCUGAAGCAGCAGCGGAAGGCCGAGGAGGCCCGCGCUCGCAAGCAGCAGCUGGAGGCUGAAGUGGAGCUGAAGCGUGACGAGGCCAGGCGUAAGGCAGAAGAAGACCGAAUACGGAAGGAGGAGGAGAAGGCCCGGCGGGAGCUCAUCAAGCAGGAGUACCUGAGGAGGAAGCAGCAGCAGAUCUUAGAGGAGCAAGGACUUGGCAAACCGGCCAAGUCCAAGCCCAAAAAGCCAAGGCCGAAGUCUGUGCAUCGAGAAGAAUCCUGCAGUGACUCAGGAACCAAGUGCCCCUCCACCCCCGAUAACUUGAGCCAGACUCAUUCCGGCUCCAGCCUGUCCCUGGCCUCUGCAGCUACUACGGAGCCUGAGAGCGUUCACUCGGGGGGCGCCCCUUCGCAUCGAGUGGAGUCCUUGGAAGCCCUGCCCAUCCUGAGCCGCAACCCGAGCAGGAGCACAGACCGAGACUGGGAGACGGCGUCUGCAGCUUCCUCCCUGGCCUCCGUGGCUGAGUACACAGGUCCUAAGCUCUUUAAGGAACCCAGUAGCAAAUCAAACAAGCCAAUUAUUCAUAAUGCUAUAUCCCACUGCUGUCUAGCUGGAAAAGUGAAUGAACCUCACAAGAACUCCAUAUUGGAGGAGCUGGAGAAGUGUGAUGCCAACCACUACAUCAUCCUGUUCCGCGACGCCGGCUGCCAGUUCAGGGCGCUUUAUUGCUAUUACCCCGACACCGAGGACAUCUACAAACUCACCGGCACGGGGCCAAAGAGCAUCACCAAAAAGAUGAUUGACAAGCUAUACAAAUAUAGCUCAGACCGAAAACAGUUUAACCUAAUCCCAGCCAAGACCAUGUCUGUCAGUGUGGACGCACUCACGAUCCAUAACCACCUGUGGCAGCCCAAGCGGCCCGCAGUGCCAAAGAAGACCCAGACUCGAAAGUGACGCAGCUACAGGCGCCUGUGGGGACAUGCCGAUGGCAUCGUAUUUAUUAUUCUCAUCCUUGGGUACGAAGUGUGCAGAGUCACAGACCUGUUUGACCAGAAGCCCUUCCUUCCUCUCCCCGCCCUCCCUGGCAGGGCUGUGGGGCAGGGAAUGGGGGGGCAGACACGGGCUCCAGUGGGUGGCCAUGCGUGCCCUGCUGCUGGGAGGCCUCGGCUGAGGGCCGCAGGGCAGCAUGGUCCUGGGCCUCCUCUCCCCUACUUGAAUUCUUCAGGAUAAGAUAAUGUGAUCUGCUCUCUGCGCACCCCCCCUUCCCUCCCCCGCCCCGCGCACCCUGUUUGCACAUUGCCCGGCGCCCCACGUUGGCUCCUCAUUGGCCAGCUGCGUCAUUGGUGAUUGCAGGGCCAGGGCCUCCUCUUGGGUCAGAGUGUUUGAAUGUCUUCGUAAAAGGAGUUCUUAUGGAAAACCUUUUUCAUUUGAAAUUGUAUGAUAUUUAUUGACUGUGUCUACUGCCAACCUUUAUAAACACUCCUAAGAUUUCUGAAAAAAAUCCUUGUUCCUUGCUGCUCAGAAAAAGUUUACCGAAAAUAUGAGUUCACUAAAGGCACUGAAAUCUGAAAAGUCUGUCUUCUGUUAAAAUAACGUUUACAGAUGUGGAGAUGAUUUUUGUGGCACGCGGUCGUGGGGCGGCGGGGGGUGGCAAGCAGGCACUGACUUCCUUCUGUGCCAGCGGCGGCCAGCCAUGGCUACCACAGGUGGCGGUUGCCGGCGUUAAUAAAGGCAGGUUUGGGUUCCACAGUGCAUUUCGCUGGGCGGGCUCUCGAGAGUCGCUGUCAUGGGAGCGGGUCCCUUGGUGGUGCAAGUGUGUGCAAAGUGCUGCUGAGCACGCAGCCUCAGGUGAGCUUGGUCAUUUUGUUCUGCUGCCGCUUUAGGAGCCGUUGCGUGGCUGCCCGCAGCUAUCCCCAAAACUCCACGGGAACGCCACGUGGGUUCCCACAGUUGGCUGGCACCCCAGCACAGACAUUCACAGGGAACUGGACGCCCCGCCAUGGCCAAGCCACCAGCGAUGGACCAGCCGCUGAGGGCCCAGAGCCACUGAGCCUAGUUUUGCACACGCCUUUUUGGGAAUGUUACUUGAAUCUCUCUCGAACUGCAGAAAAAUGGAUGAUAAUAGAAAAAGUUAAACAAGUGUCACUGUUGAUGUUGGGUAGACAGACAGGGAGCACAGUGCAGAGCGCUGCCGGGAGCCAGGCCCCCCGUGCACACUGCGUAUUUCCUGUCAGGAGUGACGCUGUGCCGCCGCGGGUGCGCCUCUCCCGUGCUGAGCAUUAAAGUCGGUGACGUCACCACGCUCUCCAUACGUGCGCUUCAUUUCUCACUGUGUGCUUGAUGUAUGUCACCUAUUUAUUUUGACGAAGCACUGACUCAUAAUAAAGUAAUGACCUGCCUCGCUUCAUGUCA